AUGAUGCAAAACAGUGAAGCAGCUGCAGGAGGGCCACAUCAUGGACAAAGGAUGAUUUUUACAGGCCCAGAUGGAAUUGGAGACUACAGGCCAAGAUCAAAUUAUUUCCCCCGGUACAUCGGUGUGGGUGCCUCAUCACCUGAGGCCACAGGUGACCUCAGUUUUUUGUGCCGGGCUGCACCACAUGCCCCUCCACUUUUACCCAGGCAGAGCUUUGUGGGGGAGGUUGGCUGGGGUUGGCAGUACAACCAGCUGCUGAACAGUAGGACACUGCUCAGCGAUAUGCAAAUUAAGAAAACUGAGUUUCGAACAGCACUAGAGAACAGAGUGUCUCACAGGUUCCAGAACAAACAGUAA